GGGUGGAUAAGCGAGCGCACCAAACAGCCUGAAAAAUCGCACUCUUCCCACUCGUGUCACGUCUUUAUUAUUGAAUAUUUGUUCGAAUAAGAUCGAUCGGUCACAGGUGAUAACCAAGCCGCUGGUGUCACUCGUAAAACGGCGUGGAUUUGAAUGUCAGCCGGGUCAAAGGUUCGCUCCUCCACGGGUGGAUAGUCCGCGUGAAAAAACGUCCAUGUGAGGAAAACACCAGCCUUUGGAUGAAUGUACAUUAACUGGGCGUGAAGGGGAGCGUCGUCGUGGGAAUGAACUGCCGCAGAAAAGGACCGCAAAGUGGACCAUGAUGACGAUGUGACUGCGCCUUUUUUUUUUUAGUUGUUUUUUUUUAUAGGGAAAAUGCAAAAAUGUGUCACGCUGUUUAGUGCAUAAUCUGCGGGAUUCGACCAGGAGAGUAGCGGAGGUGUUGCGAUCGUGAAGCCCGACGAGCCGUCAUGUCGGCGGUGAUGAUCACCAGGAAGGCGCGGAAAUGGGAGAAGCUGCCGGGAAAGAACACUUUCUGCUGCGAUGGGCGGGUGAUGAUGGCCCGGCAGAAGGGAGUCUUCUACCUGACCCUCUUCCUCAUCCUCGGGACCUGCGCCCUCUUCUUCGCCUUCGAAUGUCCAUACCUGGCGGUACACCUGUCUCCCGCCAUCCCGGUCUUCGCUGUCGUGCUCUUCCUUUUCGUCAUAGCCAUGUUGCUGAGGACCAGCUUCAGUGACCCGGGGGUCCUUCCUCGAGCCCUCCCAGAGGAGGCCACGUUCAUCGAGAUGGAAAUUGAGGCCGCCAAUGGCAACGUCCCCAGCGGCCAGCGGCCGCCGCCUCGCAUCCGCAACGUUCAGAUCAACAACCAGAUCGUCAAGCUCAAGUACUGCUACACGUGCAAGAUCUUCCGGCCGCCGCGAGCGUCCCACUGCAGCAUCUGCGACAACUGUGUUGACCGCUUUGACCACCACUGCCCGUGGGUGGGCAACUGCGUGGGCAAGAGGAACUACCGCUACUUCUACUUGUUCACGCUCUCCCUCUCGCUGCUCACCAUUUACAUCUUCACCUUUGACAUCGUCCACGUGGUCAUGCGCUCAGUGGAUGAUGGCUUUCUGAGCACGUUGAAGGAAACACCCGGAACUGUGCUGGAGUUGCUGGUGUGUUUCUUCACCCUGUGGUCAGUGGUGGGCCUGACGGGCUUCCACACCUACCUGAUCUCUCUCAACCAGACCACCAAUGAAGAUAUCAAAGGGUCUUGGUCGGGGAAGAACCGAGUGCAGAACCCCUACAGUCAUAAGAACAUCGUUAAGAACUGCUGCGAGGUGCUGUGUGGGCCGGCGUACCCCAGCGUCUUGGACAGAAGGGGGCUGAUGCAGGAGGACUCGCCGGUUGCCGCGGCGUCCGCCUUCUCCUUCAAUAACAGCAGCAACCCAGCGCUGCAAACCACUAAAACCACGGCGCCGCUCAUCCCAAACGAGCACACGCCGGACGACGCCAAGCCGAGCGUGGCCGCCUCGGCAGAGUCCGACUCGUCCUCCCCCAAAGAGGACCGCCCCUCCUCGACCGCCGUCCCGCCUUUGGCCUCCCCCGAGGCCGACGCGGAGACCACCGCGGUCAAGGACAAGAGCCACUAGCUGCACCAGCGGCCCCCCUCUUCAGUCCUGUACGGACGGGCACUUGAAUUAUCCCCCGCCCGAGUGACGCAUCCUCCUCGGGGAGAGGAGUGAUUUCAUGGAACGUCAGCGUCUUUGACGAAAACCCACCGGGACAAAGGAGUACUACUGGAGGCGGGGUAACAGUGCGCAUGACAAACCCACUCAGAUUAUUAUUGAAAACAUGAAACGUGAGCGUCUCCUAUACUCCAGGGACGACUUCUCCACUCGUGUAAAUCCUCAUCCGAGUCCAGUGUGUGCACACAUACAUACCCUAUGCAAAUCAUCGAGGCUGGGUGUAAAUAGACACACCUGUGUAGCAGUCAUACUCUAAAGGCUCCAUACAGUAUUCUGAGAAUUGCUGCAUCCAGUACUGUUACUAGCAAUUGCAAUGUCCGCCCUUCCCUUUUUGAUAUAUACAUGUACAAUACCGUAUCCUUAUAAACACGCUUUAUGCACAGGAAAUAUCAUCUCUCACUUUCACACUAUGUGCGUUCAUGAGCGUGUGACCAAACCCCCCGACUUUUGACGUUUUUAGACGCUAGUAGCAACCGUGCCUUACAAUGGACGUCAGCAAACAGUGAAAAAAAACAAAAAAAUUUACAGUCCGAUGUUAGAUUGAGAGUGCGUUUACACUUGUGAUGUUUGGCUAGGUUGAAAUAAGGCGCAAACACAACCGCGAGGCAAAAAAAGAUAAAGGAAUGGCAAAUGUGUAAGUGAGGUCUUCCUUAAAAAGUGCUCUCUAAAGUAUUUUUGAAAGGCUUUUGGUGAAAUCUAAAGUGGAAUGUUGGAGUUAUGCCAAAACCAAGUCCCCACUUGGUCACAAAGUAGCAGAAAACUGCGCAGCAUUUCUCCUCUUGGACUUAAGUCUGUCGCUUCCUUCAUCCAAGAUCCGCACUUUGGGGUGGAGCAACUCUUAAAUGAGGGCGUUCCCUUAUUAAAUCUGGCGUUGCACCUUUUUCAUCCCAUUGACUUAAGUCAAUGUGAAAACUUUUUGACUUAGCAUUGGUCUAAUAUAUAUGUACAUGUAUGUUUGUAUGUAUGUAUAUGUGUACGUAUAUAUGUAUGUAUGUGU